AUGGAAUCCGUUACCAAGGUAGAGGAAACUGCAGCUGUCGACUUAGACGCCUUACUGGACGCUGGGGAGGACGCCACGGUGACUCUCGUGCCAGGAGAGACGCGGCUGAUGGCGCGCAGGGCCGUCCUGGCAGCGAGGAACCCCGUCUUCAGCGCAAUGUUCAGCCACGACACGCUAGAGUCCAGCAGCAAUGAGGUCACCAUAACAGACGUGGAGGGUCCGGUGCUGAGAGAGCUACUGGCCUACUGCCACACACUGAAGACUCCACAUCUGUCCAGCAUGGCUCCCCAAGCUCUGGCAGCAGCAGACAAGUACGAUUUGUCGGGAUUGAAGACAGAGUGCGAGCAGCAGCUGGCUUCUCUGCUGACUGUGGAGUCAGCGGCGGCCACAGCUGUGCUCGCUGUCAGGCACUCGUGCCCCAGCCUCGCGAAAGCCGCCGUCGCCUUCAUAAAGGCCAACUUUCAGGUGCUGGCCACUCAGGGUUGGGCUGAUGCUGUGCACAACCAGCCCAAGGAUGUCGUCGAAGUGUGUCGGCUACUCGGGCAGCCACCUAAAGAAAUCAGGUAA